AUGGAGACCUCGAUGAUUUCAAUCGGCACCCACCGACUCUCUUACUCGAUAACUGGCAACCCACAAAACCUCGAUGAUCCCCUAGUGGUAAUAGUCCAGGGGGCUGGCGACGUCGCCUCCAGCUACGCAGCUUUAGAACCACUGGUAUCCAAAUUCGCUCAACUACUCAUAUACGACCGGUCAGGUCUAGGAAAAAGCGAAAGCGGACCCAAUCGCAUCACAGCAGUCACAUCCGCAACAGAACUACACAGUCUUCUCGAGUCCAUCCAGCAGCAAGGUCCAAUAAUCCUAGCCGCCCAUUCCUACGGCGGCAUCAUCGCAAGAGAGUAUCUACAUCUGCACCCAGAAAGAGUCUGCGGAAUGGUCCUCUGCGACACCGCAACCGAGAACCACCCCAAAUUCUUCCGACUUCCGGAUCCGAAUAUUGCUGCCGUACUUGGUGACCUUAAGUUGUCCCAAAUCACAGGCUUGCGAGAAGAUGGAGUUUUAACUCGGGAUCAGUGGCGACAAAGGGCUAUUGACAUGGCUCGUGGUGAAGAGAUCGAACCGAAUUCUGUUUGGGAGGUUUGCCAGACUCUGAGCGAGAAGAAGCAAUUUGAACAACAGGCCUUGGGUAAUAAACCUUUGAGUGUGGUUCUUUGCAGGAGUGUCACUGAGCAUGAGCGGAUCUAUGAGAAAGGCGUCAAAGCGGGUAAUGGGACGCAGGAGCAGCAGACAGCGUUUCGGAAGACGUUGGAUAGCUGGGAUGUAGCUGCGAGGGAAAUGAUUGAGCAACAGUUGCAGCUUUCUUCGAGAACUCACUUUGUCUAUUUGCCAGAUUGUGGGCAUAAUAUUCAUCUUCUCAAACCUGAUGUUAUAGCUGAGGAGAUUAGGUGGGUGCUUGGAAUGGUACGGGGCAGAGAUGCUCAGAAGCUGUGA